UCCCACAAUUCUCUUUUUGCUUCCUCUCUCCUUUUAGUACUCUCUCCCCACCCUCAUCUCCUUCCAACACCAUUCCCUCCUCUCUCUCUCUCUCUCUCUCUCUCUCUCUCUCUCUCUCUCUCCUUAUUGUUAGUUCUCUCUGCUACCAUGGCGGUAGCAGAGUUAUCUCCUUCGUACACCAAAACCACCAUCCACUCUUCUUCUUCACAACUCUCAUCCCUCCUCUCAACCCAUCUCUCCAAUCACCGCCGUCUCUCUCUCCGGUCGCUCUCUCGGACCCAAAACGGAAGAGUGUUUUGCUCUGUUGUAUCCAAUCAAGUUCAAGCACCGGUUGCCGUGCAGUCGGAAGAGGCCAAGAAGAAGCCCGAAUGCUACGGCGUAUUCUGUCUCACUUAUGAUCUCAAGGCUGAGGACGAGACAAAAUCCUGGAAGAAAUUGAUUAAUAUUGCAGUCUCAGGUGCCGCUGGAAUGAUUUCUAAUCAUCUGCUUUUCAAACUCGCAUCUGGUGAGGUUUUUGGGCCAAAUCAACCCAUUGCCUUGAAACUUUUAGGCUCUGAAAGGUCGUUUCAAGCUCUAGAGGGAGUUGCCAUGGAACUAGAGGAUUCGUUAUUUCCUUUGUUGAGGGAGGUCAGUAUUAGCAUAGACCCUUAUGAUGUAUUCCAAGAUGUUGACUGGGCACUUCUGAUUGGAGCAAAGCCUCGCGGGCCUGGAAUGGAACGAGCCAACUUAUUAGACUUAAAUGGGAAGAUUUUUGCAGAUCAGGGAAAAGCUCUUAAUGCAGUUGCAUCGCGUAAUGUCAAAGUGUUAGUAGUGGGCAACCCCUGCAACACCAAUGCAUUGAUUUGCUUGAAAAAUGCUCCAAAUAUACCCGCAAAGAACUUCCAUGCUUUAACUAGAUUAGAUGAGAAUAGAGCUAAAUGCCAGCUUGCCCUUGCGGCAGGUGUCUUCUACGACAAGGUUUCAAACGUGACUAUAUGGGGAAACCAUUCAACCACUCAGGUGCCUGACUUUUUGAACGCUAGAAUCAACGGCUUACCUGUCAAAGAGGUUAUAAACGACGUCAAGUGGUUGGAAAAGGAGUUCACUGAAAAAGUCCAGAAGAGAGGCGGAGUGCUUAUCCAGAAGUGGGGAAGAUCCUCAGCUGCAUCAACUUCUGUCUCAAUUGUCGAUGCCAUCAGGUCUCUUGUCACUCCAACUCCUGAAGGCGAUUGGUUUUCUUCUGGAGUUUACACCAAGGGGAAUCCUUAUGGAAUAGCCGAGGAUCUUGUUUUCAGCAUGCCAUGCCGAUCAAAAGGAGAUGGAGAUUAUGAACUCGUGAAGGAUGUCAUAUUUGAUGACUACCUUCUCAACCGGAUACGCAAGUCUGAAGCCGAGUUACUUGCCGAGAAGAGAUGUGUGGCCCAUCUCACAGGAGAGGGUAUUGCUGUCUGUGAUCUACCGGAAGACACAAUGCUUCCUGGAGAAAUGUAGAAGUAAUCAGCAAUACGUAUUUGUUCAAUAAUUGAUUGGACAGCUAUUAGCCUAUUACGGAGUGCUCCCCGGCUGAGAAGGCAGGAAGUGAGAUUGUAUUCAUAUAUAGUUUCCCCUACAGCGCAGUGACGUUAACAAUCUUCAACAUGCAGUAAAAACCAAAGCAAUAUAAAGCCAUUUUACAUGCUCUGAAGAAGUUGUCUACAAUUUGUAUAUCUUGGAACUCCUGAGAUGGUUCAUUAACAGUUUGUAAUAUGUCUUACAUAUAUUCCAGUUUUGUACUACAGAGUAGUAUCUAUUCCAAAGUUAUCAAUCUCGUACUA